AUGAUGCAAACGGCCCGCCCGGGACCUGCCCCCCUCGCGCAGGCAGCGGCGGGAGGAAACCGGAGGGAGGGCGGGAGGCCGGGCCAGCCGGGGGCUGGACUAAAGCCGGCCCCCUCCCUCCGCCCCGGCGCCGCAGGCUCCCGCGCCUCCCGCCCGGCCCCGGAGACCGGCAGCCGCGCCCCUCGGGGCUCUACUCACCGGCAGCUCGGCCCGCGGCCCUGGCUUGGGCGACUGCUCCGCUCCCUCGCUCCCCGCGCCGAGCGCUCGGCUCCCCUGGCGGCCGCCGCCGCGGCGCACGGCUCCUCCUCCCAGUCUUCCUCCCCCUGCAGCAGCCGCGCUCGCUUCCUCCUUCUUCCCCUCUCUCUCUCUCCUCCCCCUCGCCGCUGCCAACGCCACCGCCUCCCUCCCGCCUCGUCCAGUUCAGCUCUGGACCCCGCCACACGCCCUCCGGCCAGGACUACUCCUCCUCGCCUGCUUCCCUUUUCUGCCUCCGGCACUCCCCUGACUGGUCCACCAUUCACACCUCCCACCCUCCGCGGCUUCGGCUCUCCCUCCUCCUACCCCCUCCUCCGGCUCAGUCUCCGCCUCCUUCCUCCUCCUCCCUGGCCUGCCUCGUCCUCUGCACUCGGAGCCUGCACGCGUGCACAGCCACCCUCCUUCACAACCGGGCAUGUUGAAGAAAAAGCCAAACUCCGUAAAAUAUUUGAAGAGAUUUAUUCAACACCAAAUGUGAAGACCAUGACACGUGACACAACCUCAGAAGGUCCUGAGAUCAUGUGCCCGAGGAGACCAUGAGCAGUAAUGAAGGAAUUGCUCCACUGAAUCGAGACAUAAACCUAUUCAUUCUAGGCUAAGCUAGUCACAGAUGAACGGAAGAUAGAAAACCCAGCAUCUCCCUGAGGAAGACUCGUUUCUAAUGGCUGCAUUUCUUCACAUCCUUUUGUUGUUGUUGUUUUAAUAAACAUGUAUUGAGUGCCACUGUGUGCCAGGUAGUAUGUACAAACAGGUAUUUUAUAGCUAAAGUUUCACAUACAACAUAUAUUUCAAGCAUUAGGAUGCAUAAAUGCAAAUACCUUGUUUUUGCAGAAGUUGAAUGUUGCAAGAAAUAUUUUAAGUCCCUGAGGGUGAAAUUUACAUAAAAGUAAAUAUCAACUUUAUUUCAUGAAUCAAUAUUUGAAUAACAAAGUAAAUGAACAAUUGGAUCUGAAA